AUGCUAUCUCCUCAUGCGAACUUCAAACCAUGGGCGCCCCUUCACCUCAAACUACUCUCAUCUUACGUAUCCCACCAUUCAUGCUCUCCAGCGGCCAGCUGUUCUCCUCCCUCUAAACCCCAUCAUGAUUCUCCCCGCAGCACUCUACCACCCCCCAAGCAUCACCUCUCUGCAAGACCACCGGCUGAAGUUUGCAUGUCAUUCAGCACCAACGCCAGGCCAUGUACACCAACAGCAUCCCAAUUUCAGGAACGAGAGAUAUCGAUACCGCCAUCCAGUACGCCAUCUUCAGAGAACCCCAAGCAUGGGCCUUUAUAUCCGCAUGAUCCAGCACAUCUUACUCCAAAUUCACCUCAAAUUGCCGCCUUCGACACCCAAGAUCUCACUGCUCUUUCAGACAAGCUACCUCUGCUUGAGAGAGGAGCUGCAGGGCCAGGUCCAUCCUCACCCAGUACAAACAGCUCGGAUGGCAGCCUAGAGAAAUUCUUCAGGCCCCUGGUUCUUCAGAACAACAUUCUCAUAGACCCGGCCAUUCUUUCCAAUGACAGGCCCCGACAGGCCAGCAGGUCUCUCUGA